GACAUGCUGCCUCCAAAGAACUGCCUGCCGCGGAACUACAGCUGCAUCGCGGGACUGUUCGGGAGCCUGACGGCGGCGAACCCGAGGCUGGAGGACGGGGAGGACUUGGACAUGGUGAACGGCUCCUGUGAGCCCAUGGAGAGCCCCGUGGUGGACGAGAGGCCCCGCGGCCGCGAGAUAUUUCUGAAGACGCCACAGAGUCCAAACCUUCGCCGCAGAUGCAAAUCUCUCCCCACACCUUCAGAGAGAGCCAGGUUGGAGAUCGCUCGCAGCAGAAGUCCGACCAGUCAGAAAAAGGUCCGCUUCGCCGACUCUCUGGGUCUGGAGCUCAUCUCCGUGAAGCAUUUUGACGAUGCUGAUGAUCCAGAGGUGCCGGAGCGCAUACUGGCGAAAUUACCCAAGGGGACCCUCCAUCACCUGAACACCAAGUUCCCCCGGGCUCCUUCGCAGUCUUUGUUCAUGGAACUGCAGUUCACGAACCCAGGCACGCUGCCAGGCUUCGAGCAGAAAGUCCGGGAGGUGAAAGUGCUUUUGGAGACCGUAGAAACGGACGAUUUCAGCCUCUCCGGCUUUGUGCGCGUCCUGAACAUGGCUUUCGAGAAGAGCGUCUCUUUGCGGUACUCCCUGAACAACUGGAUCACAUUUAUGGACAGUUUGGCCACAUAUGUCCCCAGCUCCACCAACGGGGACACCGAUCAGUUCUGUUUCAAGAUUGUCAUGCCCACCUACCUUGACCACGGGGGCACUUUGCAGUUCGCUAUUAAAUACUGUGUUGGGGGGCAGGAGUUCUGGGACAAUAAUAACGGGAGCAACUACAAAGUGCGACGCCAUCAGCUGAAGAUGUCCCCACCUCGGGAGUGGGAGAACGGAUGGAUUCACUUUAUCUGAACGUGCGGGCGCGUGUAGCGGCACAUUUCGUGCGUCAUUUUGCGCGCAGUGAUCCCCGGGUACCUGAGUUUAUUUGGAUUUUUUUAAUUUUUUUUUCUGCCAUCGUGAGCUGCACACGUGAAAGCCCACGAAAUCUGCAAACCCUUCCCCUGGUUUUAAACAUGGACUGCGUCAGCUUGAGAGGAUCCCCAGUCGGUGGGAUGGCGCGUGCAUCAUUUGCCGUGAUGUCAGGGCUCGGGUGCAGCUCCGUGCCCUUUGGGAGGGCACGCUCACAUUACAUAAUGUGCCACGGAAAAAGCGCGGGGCAGAGCCAGCUUCAGGCUUCACUACUCGCUUC